CGUCACCAGUUUACCGGGCUUUACCUGCGUGUUGUCCAUUCAUAACGACAGAAGGUCCAGUGGACGUGGUCCUAACUGUUAUCAGUUCCUCCUGAACAUGGCGGGUUACCUGAAAGCUCUGACGACCGUGACAAGAAGUGCAGCCGCUGCGCUGUCGCACAACCCCGCAGUGCUCUCACCGGCCGCCGUCUGACAUCAGAAGUCUCAACAGAGGAACUAUGCCACAAGGCGCAUCAAGGUGGACCAGCCAGUGGUGGAGAUGGAUGGAGAUGAGAUGACUCGCAUCAUAUGGGAGUUCAUCAAAGACAAGCUCAUCCUGUCCAAUGUUGAUGUUGAGCUGAAGUACUAUGACCUGGGUCUGCCCUACCGUGACCAGACAGACGACCAGGUCACCAUCGACUCUGCUCUGGCAACCAAGAAGUACAACGUGGCUGUCAAGUGUGCCACCAUCACCCCUGAUGAGGAACGAGUUGAAGAGUUUAAGCUCAAGAAGAUGUGGAAGAGCCCUAAUGGCACCAUCAGGAACAUCUUGGGUGGCACCGUUUUCCGUGAGCCAAUCCUCUGUAAAAACAUCCCUCGCCUUGUUCCCGGUUGGACGCAACCCAUAACAAUUGGCAGACACGCUUUUGGCGAUCAGUACAGGGCCACAGACUUUGUUAUUGACCAGCCUGGCAAGUUCAAAAUUGUGUUUGCCCCAGCCGAUGGAAGCAAGCAGAGGGAGUGGGAGGUGUAUGACUUUCCCUCAGGGGGCUGCGGAAUGGGAAUGUACAACACUGAUGAGUCCAUCAGUGGAUUUGCUCACAGCUGCUUCCAGUAUGCCAUCCAGAAGAGGUGGCCUCUGUACAUGAGCACCAAGAACACCAUCCUCAAGGCCUACGACGGGCGCUUCAAGGAUAUUUUUGAGGAAAUCUUUGAGGCGCAGUACAAGCCAGAGUUUGACAAGCUGAAUAUCUGGUAUGAACACCGUCUCAUUGACGACAUGGUGGCUCAGGUCCUGAAGUCUUCUGGAGGGUUUGUUUGGGCCUGCAAGAAUUACGAUGGAGACGUCCAAUCAGAUAUUCUGGCUCAGGGUUUUGGUUCUCUAGGCCUCAUGACGUCUGUGCUAGUGGUCCCUGACGGAAAGACUAUCGAGGCAGAGGCUGCCCACGGCACCGUCACCAGGCACUUUCGUGAACACCAGAGGGGAAACCCAACCAGUACCAACCCCAUUGCGAGCAUCUUUGCUUGGACCAGAGGACUGGAGCACAGAGGCAAACUGGACGGAAAUCCUGAUCUGAUAAGGUUUUCCCAGACGUUAGAACAAGUCUGUGUGUCGACUGUGGAAAACGGUGUGAUGACCAAGGACCUCGCUGGCUGCAUCCAUGGCUUGGCCAACUGCAAGCUCAACGAACAUUAUGUCAACACGUCGGACUUCCUGGAUGCAAUCAAGACCAACUUGGACAAAGCUCUGAACAAAUGAAGCACUAUCAGAAGACACACUUGCCAACACAGAGAGACCAAACCUGUUUUUAGCUCAUUUUUACCCUCGUGUGUAUAAAUCUUUGUAUCCAAUUUUGAAGGAACCAAGUUUGCUAUUUUCAGUGCCAUUUUUGUAUUUGUAUAGCUCACUGACACACAACUGUGCUCGUGUUCCUGUGCCUUUACCUGCUGCAAGCGGUCCAGUUUUGUAUUGCACAAUUAAGUGACUAUUUUAUUAAUUAACGUUAAUGUUAAUGUUAACUUAUAAAGGCCAUUUCACAGAAAUUUUUCAUUUAAUUAGACUGUAUAUUCAGGGACCAGUGUGUAGAAUAAGGACGAUAAUGCCAUGUUCUGCACUAUAAACAUUAAUAUUAAAAAAAAAACAGUGAUAUUCUCUUAAUAACA